AUGUCUGGCCACUAUACAUCCAACAACUCUCUGCUCAAUGAUACGUUUUGGGUGGUGCUGCUGAGUCAGAGGGAUUUGUCCGGCCAGGUCCCGAUCAACUUUGUCCCUCAGCCCGCGGUCUCCCUAACGGCUGCAUGCUUUGGAAACAACAGAUACGAUGGCGAGGCUGGCUGCCUAUGUAUUUCCAAUCUCCUGACCGUCGGAUACCGGCGACUGAUCGUCGAUCUGUACUGGUCCACCGAACUCCGGCAAUGGCUGUUCUGUCCUGUUUCCAUCCCUUCUUCCAGCUCGGGAUCCUCUCAGCCUUCGGUCCACCAGCUGGGCCCUUACUCAUACGUCUUGCAAGGGUACUUCCAAGCAACGCGAGACUCGACGAGCGCGCAAUUCAUGUACCUUAUACUCAACCUCCACGCCGCCGCGAAUGCGAGUGCUCCUGAUGAACCAGCGCCUGCUCCUUCUGGUGCAGAACUCCCGUCGGGAUCCCAGCUUCUCGGGACGGUGAUCAACGAUGCUCUUGAGACGUACAUCUACAGUCCGCAUCAGCUCUCCCAGGACCGGAGCAAUCUCAACGAGUCGUGGUAUCAUGAUACCAGAGACUGGUUGAUUCCCCUCUCCUCCUACUUCGUCACGAAUACCGAUGGGAACGGGAUUCAGAGCACACAAGACGGAUGGCCUUGUGGAUCUUAUCUGGAGACGGUACUGGACAAGCGUCUGCUGCUGGGCUGGGGGUCCGUUGAUCCGCAGAUGAAGGGCUAUAAUUUCAGCGGCGACAGUCCUUACAUCUUCCCGGCGGCGGAUGUCACGUCCAAUGUCACCGUCACUCCAGCUCCAGAUGGAGUAGGCCUGCAGUCGGGGUGCUUCUUUGAACCUCACGUAACUGAUGUCUCCAGAGUCAACUCGUCGUGGGCCGAGUCAGCGAGUCUGACUGUUAACGGUAACCUCACGACGGGUGCUCUCGGGGACGCGUCGCUUAUGCUGCAGAAUUUCACGUCUUGCGGUAUCUCUCCGGUGGUCAACGAGACCUUGUCCGGCAAGACGGCCGAUGAGAACGUCGACCAGUACCGGAAUCUGUCGGUGUCGUCGACGUGGUCGUGGGCCAUUGGGGAGCCUCAGAACAUAUCGGCGCUUGCCAACACCCAGAAUUUGGAUAACACGAACGAACUGUUUCGCUGCGCGGUCAUGGACCUCACGGUAUCGGGCCACUGGCGGGCCGGGAACUGCUCGGAUGAGUAUCGCGCUGCCUGCCGGGUCAAUGGCUCGCCGUAUUCGUGGGUGCUGUCGUCCAGCAAGGGCUCAUUUUUCGCGGCCCCCAAUGCCUGUCCGGAACACACUACGUUUGACGUGCCACGAACUGGCCUCGAGAAUACGUAUCUAUACCGGACGGCAUUUUCGUUGCUGGGCGACAGCAACGAACAGCGCGUGUGGGUGAACUUCAACUCGCUUGAUGUCCAGUAUUGCUGGGUGCUGGGAGGGCCAAAUGCUACCUGCGGCUACAUCCCGGAUGCAGACGACCUCCAACGGCGGACCAUCCUCGUGCCGACGAUAGCUGCGAUAGUGAUUUUGAUCAUCACGGCGCUGACGUUGUUUGUCAAGUGCAACGCCAAUCGGCGGAGCUCGAGGAGGAGGAAGAGGGUGAUUGAGGGAUGGGAGUAUGAGGGAGUCCCGUCUUGA